AGUGCGGCGGGACUAGUGGAGGGAGACUCGGAGCAUGUGUGUCCACAGCGGUCCGUGAUCUGGGUUUAGUCGCAGCUUCGCCGAAGUCGGUCCACGUCGCGUGUGUGCUUGGUCGCCCCGCGUGGAAGAGAAGUCUUAGAGGAAAAAAAAUAUAGCUGAGGAAAAAAACCUCUUUCCGAACCCUGCAUGGUCCCGGGGUCAUCCUCCGGGUGCCCACGGAGAACCGAGGAUUGUUCUUCCCCACGGAGGUGGCUGGGCCGAGAACAUGAAUCUGCUGCCCAAAAGUUCCAAGGAGUUUGGGUCUGUGGAUUACUGGGAGAAGUUCUUUCAGCAGAGGGGAAAGAAAGCUUUUGAGUGGUACGGGAGCUACCUGGACCUGUGCGGAGUGCUGCACAAGUAUAUCAAGGCCAAGGACAAGGUGCUGGUGGUUGGAUGUGGUAACUCAGAGUUGAGUGAACAGCUUUAUGAUGUGGGCUACCAGGAUAUUGUGAAUAUUGACAUCAGUGAGGUGGUCAUCAAGCAAAUGAAAGAACGAAAUGCUAGCAGGAGGCCCCAGAUGAGUUUCCAGCAGAUGGACAUGACAAAGAUGGAGUUUCCGGAUGCCUCCUUUCAGGUGGUGUUGGACAAAGGCACCCUGGAUGCCAUCCUGACAGAUGAGGAAGAGAAAACCCUGGAGAAGGUGGACAAGAUGCUGGCCGAGGUGGGCCGGGUGCUGCAGGUGGGAGGCCGAUAUCUGUGUAUCUCCCUGGCUCAAGCUCACAUUUUAAAGAAAAUUGUGGGCUACUUCUCCAAGGAAGGGUGGAUGGUAAGGGUGCACCAAGUAACCAGCAGCCAGAACCCAUCAUCAGAGGCGGAGCCACAGUUUUCCCUGCCUGUCUUUGCUUUCAUCAUGACCAAAUUCAGGCCAGUUUCUGGCUCUGCCCUUCAGAUCCUUGAGCUGUGUGCUCAGGAGCAAGGCAAGCCUGUACGGCUGGAGAACACUGAGCGGCUGGCAGAGGCUGUACGAGAGCGGCAGCGCUAUGCCUGGUUGCGCAGUCAGCUGAACCGAAAGACUGGGCCUGGGAGUGUGUCCUUGGAUUUAUGUGAUGGGAGCACGGGUGAGCCACGUUACACCCUGCACGUUGUAGACAGCCCUGCUGUGAAGCUGUCCAGAGACAAUCAUUUUGCCAUUUUCAUCAUUCCCCAGGGCCGAGAGACAGAGUGGCUGUUUGGCAUGGAGGAAGGUCGGAAGCAGCUGGCAGCCAGUGCGGGCUUCAGGCGACUGAUCACAGUGGCCCUGCACAGGGACCAGCAGUACCAAGGCAUGGACAGCAUCCAGGCUGAGCUGUCAGGGAAAGUCAUGGAGCUGGCACCUCCAGGGCUGCCAGCCCAGCAGCAGGUGCCUUUCUUGUCCGUUGGUGGGGACAUUGGAGUGCGGACCAUUCAGCACCGAGAUCGUAGUUCCUUGAGUGGUGAUUAUGUCAUUGAGGACGUGCAGGGGGACGACAGGCGCUACUUUCGACGUCUGAUCUUUCUCAGCAACAGGAAUGUGGUGCAGUCGGAAGCCAGGUUGCUGACUGAUACUCCUCAUCGAGCACAAAAGAAGCGAAAGAAAGAUAAGAAGAAACUCCAGCCCGAUGAUACUGCAGAAAAUCCUCCUGUGCCCGCAGGUCAACCCAUUGAUAAGAGUUUCCUGUGUUGUGAACACCACAAAGCCAUGAUUGCAGGGCUUGCAUUGCUGAAAAACCCAGAGAAGCUCCCAGAGGCCCCGCUGGCAUUACUGGUGGUUGGUUUGGGUGGUGGCAGCCUGCCCCUCUUCAUCCAUGAUCACUUCUUGAAGUCUCACAUUGACGCUGUGGAGAUUGAUCCUUCUAUGCUGGAGGUGGCCACCCACUGGUUUGGCUUCACCCAGAGUGACCGGAUGAAAGUUCACAUUGCAGAUGGCCUAGACUACAUCACCAACCUGGCAAAAGGAGGUAUUGAACAGCUUCACUAUGAUGUCAUCAUGUUUGAUGUAGACAGUAAGGACCCAACGGUAGGAAUGAGCUGUCCGCCUCCAGCCUUUGUGGACCAUGCUUUUCUGCAGGACGUCCAAAGGAUCCUGACCCCUGAAGGUGUCUUCAUUCUGAACUUGGUGUGUCGCGACUCGGGCCUAAAGGAUUCGGUGCUGGCUGGGCUCAAGAAGGUGUUCCCCCUGCUCUACGUCCGGCAGAUCGAGGGCGAGGUCAACGAAAUUCUCUUCUGCCAGCUGCAGCCCGAGCAUAAGCUAGCUACCCCCGAGCUCCUGGAGAUGGCCCAGGCCCUGGAGAGGACACUGAGGAAACCUGGGAACGGCUUCGACAGCACAUACGUCCUAGCAGACAUGCUCAAGACGGUGAAGAUUGUGUGAUGACUGAGGGCAGGGCAACGGAGGGGCAUCAUGGGUCUUUGGGGACAGAAACUAAGAGAAAAAUAACAAAAAUCAUUCG